GCAGCACGGACGGAGCAGACGCCUGUCUGGAUGGAGGGCAAGCGGUCCAGUUGAUUCUUCGCAAUACCCGUCGCUCGCGGCGUGAACAACAUUCGGCCACGUAUUUAGGAUUAGCUAUUUGCUUAAUGAAAGAGGGGCUCACGUGAAAGUGAUAUUCCAGAGACGAUGAUCCCAUCAUGUUGCAGACACAGUUAGUGUGAUCUGCUAUGGUGAUACUACCAGCUACCCCACGUUAGCAGAGGGAUUGUUUUGGGAGAUACAUUUUCCAGACCUGUACGGUGACACAUGAAUUAGACGCUUUUUGUGAGUUUUCAUCAAGCUGGAACACAAAGGGAUAUGUCUAGCCAAGGAGUGAGGAGAAACGGCCCAGUGAAGCUGCGGUUGACCGUCCUGUGUGCAAAGAACCUGGCAAAAAAAGACUUCUUCCGGUUGCCAGAUCCUUUUGCCAAAGUGGUGGUGGACGGCUCAGGACAAUGCCACUCUACAGAUACUGUGAGAAAUACGCUGGACCCAAAGUGGAAUCAACAUUAUGAUCUAUACAUUGGAAAGGCAGACUCGAUCACCAUCAGUGUAUGGAACCACAAGAAGAUCCACAAAAAGCAGGGCGCAGGUUUCCUCGGCUGUGUCCGCCUCCUGUCCAACGCCAUCAACAGACUCAAAGACACUGGCUAUCAGAGACUGGACCUGAAUAAGUUGGGCCCCAAUGACAACGAUACUGUGAAAGGACAAAUAGUCGUAAGUCUUCAGUCCAGAGAUCGCAUUGGGACAGGAGGGCCGGUGGUGGACUGCAGUCGUUUGUUCGACAAUGACUUACCCGAUGGCUGGGAAGAGAGGAGGACCGCCUCUGGAAGGAUACAGUACCUGAACCACAUCACACGAACCACCCAGUGGGAGAGACCUACGAGGCCGGCGUCGGAGUACUCCAGCCCAUCCGGGCGGCCGCUGAGCUGCGUGGUGGACGAGAACACGCCAGUGAUGACGCCGGUUAAUGGGGCCGAGGCCAGCUGCCCGCCGGGCGAACCGCGGAUCCAGGAGAGACGGGUUCGAUCGCAGCGGCAUCGCAACUACAUGAGUCGAACACACCUGCACACACCGCCUGACCUGCCCGAGGGUUAUGAGCAAAGAACAACUCAGCAGGGUCAAGUCUACUUCCUCCACACACAGACUGGAGUCAGCACCUGGCAUGACCCUCGGGUGCCCAGGGACCUAAGCAACGUGAACUGUGAGGAGCUGGGUCCACUGCCACCAGGCUGGGAGAUCAGAAACACAGCCACAGGUCGCGUCUACUUUGUCGACCACAACAAUCGAACCACACAGUUCACGGACCCGCGGCUAUCCGCUAACCUGCAUCGUGUGCUCAACCCAAGUCCAAAUGGAUCCCGUGUGGCCAUGGACAGCCAAAACACUAACCUCAGUCAUCCGCCGCCGCUGAAGGACCAGGGUGGUCCCGGCGUCCCCCAGCAGGCGCUGUCCCCCGCCCAGCUGCCCGAGGAGGCCGAGUGCCUGACGGUGCCCAAGUACAAGAGGGACCUGGUGCAGAAGCUGAAGAUCCUGCGGCAGGAGCUGUCCCAGCAGCAACCCCAGGCCGGCCACUGUCGCAUCGAGGUCUGCCGUGAAGAGAUAUUUGAGGAGUCGUACCGGCAGGUGAUGAAGAUGCGUCCAAAGGACCUCUGGAAAAGACUGAUGAUCAAAUUCAGAGGCGAAGAGGGUCUGGACUAUGGUGGGGUGGCAAGGGAAUGGUUAUACCUGCUGUCCCACGAGAUGCUGAACCCCUACUACGGCCUGUUCCAGUACUCCAGAGACGACAUCUACACUCUACAGAUUAAUCCGGACUCUGCCGUCAACCCGGAGCACCUGUCGUACUUCCACUUCGUGGGUCGCAUCAUGGGCAUGGCGGUGUUCCACGGCCACUACAUCGACGGAGGCUUCACGCUGCCCUUCUACAGACAGCUGUUGGGGAAACCCAUCACGCUGGACGACAUGGAGUCCGUCGACCCGGACCUCCACAACAGCCUCGUCUGGAUCCUGGACAAUGACAUCACCUGCGUCCUGGACCACACUUUCUGUGUCGAGCACAAUGCCUACGGAGAAAUCAUCCAACACGAGCUCAAGCCCAACGGCCAGAGUCUCCCGGUCACAGAGGACACUAAGAAGGAGUAUGUCAGGUUGUAUGUGAACUGGCGUUUCCUGCACGGCAUCGAGGCUCAGUUUCUGGCUCUGCAGAAAGGCUUCAAUGAGGUCAUCCCUCAACACCUGCUCAAAUCCUUUGAUGAAAAAGAGCUGGAGCUCAUCGUGUGCGGCCUGGGAAAGAUCGACGUCGCUGACUGGAAGUCCAACACCCGCCUGAAGCACUGCACCCUGGACAGCAACAUCGUCAAGUGGUUCUGGAAAGCCGUGGAGACGUUUGACGAGGAGAGGAGGGCCCGGCUGCUGCAGUUUGUCACCGGCUCCUCCCGAGUCCCACUGCAAGGCUUCAAGGCUCUCCAGGGCGCUGCCGGGCCCAGACUCUUCACCAUUCAUCAGAUCGACGCAAACGCCAACAACCUGCCCAAAGCCCACACCUGCUUCAACCGGAUUGACAUCCCGCCCUACGAGAGCUACGACAAGCUGUACGACAAGCUGCUGACUGCCAUCGAGGAGACCUGUGGCUUCGCCGUGGAGUGAGAGGCCCGUUGGAGAGUGUGUUGGGGUGUGUGUGUGUACAUGUGCAGGACUCUGAUGGACCGUUAUCGUCACUGCGGCGCACCGACAGUCUUCCUCUUCUCUCGCCGCGCUCCACGUUCUCCCCUUAUCGAUGUCUGUUUGAACAGCUCCUUUUAUUUGUUUGGGUUUAGUUUUGGUGUAGUGUGUGUGUGUGUGUGGAGUACGGAGGGCAGAGUGACGGCGGCUCAGUUGAGAGCUGUGGGUUUUCUCCACGCCUCCUUUUGCAUUCGGAGAAAAGAAACGGCGCCGCCCGGUCAUCUCACUUUACAGAUUAUCAAACCAGGAAGUAGUUCAUCGACUUACAGUUCAACAUCUUACAAAAGCGUUUUCAAAGUCGUCCCCAGGCAUGAGAGCAGAGUCACGAUGUUGUUGUUCAAUUCAAACCGAUUGAAUGGGUCCAUGUCAUGCUACUGAAUCUUUAACAAUGCAGGUAGCCAUAUCUUGCCCUUACUUGCCAUCUUAACCUCAACCAACACAUAUUUUGUAUUGGCGCCACAAAUUCAUCCUACCUCUGUGUAAUCCUUUGCUGUUUGAAGGGUUUCAUUCCAAAAUGUUGUGUAUCGAUAGCUCAUUUAAUUCAAAUUCAGAAUAGAUUUUUUUUUCUUUUUUUUUUUCUUCUUUUCCUCCACAACAUUGCAUCAUAAUUAGUCUGAUUCUCAUAGCGGCAGUCGUUUUUCAACUGCAGAAGCAUUUCAUUGACAUGCUCGUGCUUGGAUGGGGGUCUGAUAUUUUGUGGUUUUGUGGUGUUAAAAAAAAAAAAAAAAAAAAGGGGGGUGAGGAAGGUGAAUAUUCUUUCCCAUGAUCACUGCCGUGUGGCCACAGCACUUGUAAACAUGUUUCUGCAUGCUUCAACAUUCGUGUGCGAGGAAGAUCGACAGUUCAUAGAUGAGUUUCCCAUCGUCCCUCGCGGCGGAGGGGAUUCAUUCAGCCUCACUCGUGGAGCCCGGUUCGUCUUCCAUCUCUCACAUUCGUCUCCGGCAGGUACAAGUACGCUUGUCUUUUUAUUUGUCUUUGUUUCAUCCAAUUCAGAAUAACCCGGCACACUUCCCGUCAGACGAUAUGUUAAAGGAAACAGCUGUCCAGAUGGGACCAGAUGUUUUUAGUCCUGCCCUCAGUUUAAAAAGGCCGAAGUCUCCUCUCUCUCUCUCGUCACUUUAGAGCACUUUACAAACUGAGCAGUGAUAGCAGGAGUGCUUUCUUCACGUCGGAUUGAAAUAUAUCGUUUAAUUCGCUAUGUGACGCCAUUAGAAUUAUACAGAGUAAAAGUAUAUCUAUACACCUGUCAUUUUUUAAGUAUAUAUGUACAAAUACAUAGCUAUUUUGUAUAUGGUUUUCUUUUUUCCUUUCUAUUCAAAUGCAAGCAUGUUGGUGUCUGUCAGAGGCCUCUUUGCAUUCUCAGGUGAAGUCGUUUUGUUUAGUUUCACAUUCAUUCGGUCGGUGUGUGAGGAGGGUACAUCUGGUUGUAAUGAAAACUAUAUUUCGGGGGCCCUGUCUUUAAACCCAUGAUGGAGCCUGAAGGUUGGCAGUUGAAAAGUGAUAUUUUCUUUUGGUCAAUCGCUUUCACUUAUUAACACACACACACACACACCUUCAUAGGAGGCAUGCAUGGCCAUAUUUGCUGCUCUGGAGGUCUGUGCCGCUGCUGAACAGCACAGACGACAAUGGUAUUUCAUUUGCACCGAGCAGUCUGGCUGCAACAUGAAUCUUUUUUUAAAGCGACGGAAUGGACUGAAAUGCUGACGGUGGCGUCAAACCCUCAGAGCUGCAAAUGUCAGAGGUUGAGUGCUGCGGGUCGCGGGUGCUACGCGGUGAAAAUGUUCAAUCACAAUGAAAAGUCACCAAAAGGCCGACAGGCGGCAGUGAGCAGCAGCUCCGUCACCGCCGCCUCCAUCCAAAGAAAACCUCUGCAUGAAUGGACGCUGGAGAGAUGAUGCCUAUUUAUUUGCAUAAUUAUUACUCUUUGAAUUGGAAGAAUCUGUUAAAUGUUCCUUUUUUAUAUGUAUAUGUAUACUGCCUGCAUUUAUUUGUAACCACAAACAGUUUGUUAGCUGAUACUCAGAAAGCUUGAGUUUUUCAUUUUGUAGUAAUGAGACGAAACCGAGAAACAACAGAUACAAUUGUCAUCUUUGUAAAGUUAAAUAGGAGUUAUUUGAUUUUUACCUUUUUUAAUUACCUGACUGGGAGGAAGAAAACAAAUACAUUACACUUUUCUUUUCUUUUUACACACAUUAUGCACACUUGAGCUCCAAGUUAUAAUCAGACACUUCCUUCUAUUUAUCAAAUAGUUAAUGGACUGAUCAAGUUGUUUUAAUGUAGAUAACACACACAUAUAUAUAUAUAAACACACACACAUGUUCUUGAUAUGCGCACAUGUAUGUUUGUCCAGUGCACACAGUCCUCUGCUCUUUGUAACUUUUAGUUGGCACCAUGUUUUCUGGCUGGUUCAGUCUUCAGUGCAAAGGUUUUGGGGGUUGAGAGCUUCCAGACUGGGGAAAUGCCACUUUCCCCCAGUGCAGCAGCCAAAUUGAUCUGACAUGUUCAAGAAUACAGUGGGUUGUGUUGUUGGUAAAAAAAAAAGAAGAAAAAAGGGUAGAUUGUUAACUUUUUCAAGCUUUGAAACCCUGUGAUAUGAAGUUUUUUGUCUGAUGAAUCUGAGUAGAUUGAGAGCCAGCUCGGGCCACACUGAUUUACUCUCAUGCUGGUUUAAUUGGUUAUGAACCAGAACAAGCUGUGUAAUGUUCGACACUCUCCCCACAGUUUAAGUACAAAUGUAUAUGUGUGCUCGCGUGUUUGAGAAUGAUUUUUAUUAAAUUCAGUACAAAACAGUAAAAAGAAAAUUGUAGUUUUUUUUUUUUACUGCACCAUGUUUUAUUUCUUUUGAUUUCCUAUCUGUUUUUGUAUUUAUUAUUACAGUAUACUGUAUGUGUUCAUAGUUUUUCACAUCAGCUGCUCUGUGAGCGUGUAACUGACACCUGUACACUAAAGAAGCAAAGUAAUAAACUUCUUGUACCCUUGCAGAAAGCUGAGCAAUAAAACUAUGCUGUUUGGACCUCACAGCAUUAUGUUUGAUAAGAAC